AUGGCUACCGAUAGCAACCCCAGUGCCACUCCCACUACUGUGGAGGCGGCAUCCCUGCGCAUCUUUGCCGGCGCCGACUCCUUCGGCUGCAAACUGAAGGUCUCCAUCUACGCAAACAAGUUACCCCGCGUCUACGCCACCACAUGCACCUCCGUCGCCGACGCCGUCAACACCCGAUCCAUCAACAACUGCAACGUCCUCUGCGUCUCUGGAAUGUCCACAUCACCGGAAGAUGCACUCGAGAUUCUCGAUGCUUGGCUCAAAACCCCAUUCAAAUCCCCUUGUCCUGCCUCCGGUGACCAGCCCUGGCCGACCGAUAUUCAAUCUUUCCUCGAGAAUUCCACCGCCGAGAUGGCCCAAAUCCCUAAACCCGAUUCCUCUUCUUCAAAUUGCGCCAUCUGUUGCUUGAGGAAAGAGCUGGUGUUCCAGCCGGUGGAAAUCAUGCCUGGCGCUGAGAUGAAGAUUGUGAGAGAGAGCCCAACCUCAGCGGUGGUAAAGUUUAAAGCUGGAAGCUUGGAGCCGGCUCACCACCACACAUUCGGGCAUGAUGUGCUGGUGAUGAAAGGGAGGAAGAAGGUUUGGAAUUUAGAUAAAAACGAAAGCUAUGAGCUCGGUGAAGGAGAUUACUUGUUUACACCAGCAGGAGAUAAGCACAGAGUAAACUACUUUGAGGACACUGAGUUCUUCAUAAGGUGGGAUGGGGAUUGGGAUAUCUUCCUGGAUGAAAGCCUGGAAACUGCCGCUGAUGCAAUCAAGCUGGAGCUUGAAGGAAGUAAGUGAUGCGCUCUCUUCCAUAUCUUCUGCAGAAAUCGUAUGAGUAAUAAUAUUGAAGUUUGGGAUUUGUGUUGUCGGCAUGCUAUCACUUUGAACAUUAUGGAGCGGUAUUUUUUUUUUUUUUUCGUUUCUUGUGGUUAUAUCUUAGAAGUCUGCAAACAUGUUUUUGUAGUCUCUUUGCUAUCAUUUUUCUUGCAAUUUGUGACCCUACGUAUUGAGUAUCACUGAGUCGGAUUCUGUACUGUGUUUUGGCUUUGUGGCUCAUGCGGAAGGCAAUAAAUGGUGUGGUGGCAUGUAAUAAGAUAUUGUAAGCUUUGCUGAAUAAUAAAGGGUUGCUAUUGGGUCAA